CCACUUUGUGGCUUUGCUAUUCACAAUUUUAAGGUAAAAGCAAGUGCGGCAGCUCACCGUGUGGCACUCUCGUGUUAGGAUUUUCCACUCUGCAAAACAACGUGUAUUUGACAGUUGGUGAGCUAGGACCUCUUGUCGUCUCUCUUCUGAUUUCGAUAGUUUCUAUGCAUAAGCCCUAAAACCAGUACAGAUUGAUCACAGAAACCCCUACGAUUGCUCUGAAAUCCAUUGAACUCGAACGUAGCAGACCGAACAAACGCCCAAGAAGUCAUGCUAAACGAUAGUGGAGAGACUCCUAAUAGGCAUGAGUUGUUGACUAUGGUGAAGAAGCACUCAAAGUUAUUAGGGAAAACCAUAGUAGAUGAGCAAGAUGCUUCAGAUGUUGAAAUGAAUCAACGUUUUUGGCACGACAUCAUGAAUCUAUAUUUCAUUUGUGGUAAGGAGUCAAGGGGACGCCAGGAUGAUGAUCUAAUUUUCUUUGUCAGAAAAAUGAGUUUGCAUGGAUAUGGUUUCAAUGAUAAUAUGGAAGGCAAUUCUCCUUACUUUGUACGCAGGUGGGCACCUAAGUUGGAUAAGUUAGUAGAUGAGAAUUCAGUAGAUGUGGAUUGGAGGCGCUCGUUUUACUUGAACUUAAUUGCCCACACCUCAUUCAGCGUAACAGUAGCAAUUUGCAGUCACCAGGUCCUUCGAAAUCAUCAGACUGGCCAUGACAAACCAUUGUCUUCUAUAUACAAGCGACCUUUUCUGAUUAGACCAAGUUGGCUGCCGCGAUUAAGGUUUUGGGAUCCUCAGAAGGCUGUACUGCAACUACACUUCACAUCAAAUGAGUUUAAUCCUGUGUUCACGGUUGUGAAGACUGUUUAUGCAUCCCCAAGUCGUGUUGAUUUCCACUUGGACUCAACGAAGGCAAUAGAAACAACACCUGCCUAUCCAGAUAUAUGUUUUGCAGUUGAUGACUUUGAUUCCACAUUUGAUGCAGUGGUCUUGACAGAACCCGAUCACUGCUACUGUGUACUUCUAAAUGCACAUGAUGGGGCAGCAUUUCCUAGUGAAAAGACACGAGUGUGCAGUUCUAGUGAUAUUUCUUCUUCUAAAAUCAACACUGAUUCUGGAAAGACAAAUAACACUAAGAUCACUCUUUUUUCGGGAUUUGUCAGCUAUCAAAUGGUUCGAGAAGCAUACGAUGCUGGGAAAUCUGGAUUUGGGAGCCUGUUGUCACUUGGUCAGUACCCUGGGAAAAGAGACAGGAUUUACAUGAAGGGUCCUGGAGGACGUGGGGAAGUUGAAGUAGCUGUUUCAGGUGUUGUAGAUCAAAGCAAGGAAGAAUUAGGAGCUUCAUCGACGCAGAUGUCCAAGGGGGGAUUUGGGUUCGGUACAAUUGUUCGUAGAGCAGCAUCUGUUGCAUCUGUGGCGGCAAAACAUGCCUAUGCAGCUGCUGGAGCCACCCGAAGUUCUGAUGAAGAGAUGUUUCCCCUUAAGUGCUGUUUAAUGUCCGUGUCAUUACCCUGGGAGAAUAUUGCACAUGAUCUUUUGUUUAAGGGAAGUCCUCCAGUGAACUUAUAGAAGAAAUACAUUACUGAGUAACAAGACAGCAUUGAGUACUCAUCUAUCGCACAUUCAAGAAGAAAGCAUGAAAUAAGAGUAUUUGUUAAUCGGUAAUGGAGCUCCUGCCCGCCAUAUUAAAGCAGCCGAGGCUAUGUGUAUAUAUUAAAUUUUACCAAAAGCUCGCGCAUAAAUUUGGGUGUUGGGGUUAAGUUAUGUACAAGGGCUGUAAUUGUGUUGGCAAUAUUGUAAAUGGUUAGUCAAAUAUGUCAGUUCUGUUGUCUCAAGUCUUUUAGUCAUUUUUAGAGUCAUUGUUUUAUUGUUUAUUAGUUGAAUUGACGAUUGCUCAAAAUCAAAAUAUGUCAUCGCCAGGUUUUUGUGCUGUUGAUGUCACGCAUUGAAUAAAGCUGAGUUGUCUGUUGUGUGAA